GGAUUCGGGUUUUAAAAAACGCCGGCGGUGAAGUGGGCGGAGCGAUCGAUUUGAACACCAGCGGCGCCGACUGCGGCCAAGCACCGGCUCCUGUGAGGCUCGCGGCCCAGCGCUCUCUGGGCUCCCCAGAAGCCAGCCUUUCGCCCCCGGACCCGGCCGCCCGAGCAGGAGCCGUGGGGCCGGGCGCCGGCACCCUCCGCGGCGUGUCAUGGGCCCGCGCCGCCGGAGCCGCAAGCCCGAGGCCCCGAGGAGGCGCAGCCCGAGCCCGACCCCCGGCCCCUCCCGGCGGGGCCCCUCCUUAGGCCCUUCCUCCCGUCAACCUGGUCGGCGGAGACAAGCUUGGCUAAAGGAGAUCCGAAAGCUUCAGAAGAGCACACACCUCUUGAUAAGGAAGUACCCCUUCAGCCGCCUGGCAAGAGAAAUAUGUGUUAAAUUCACUCGUGGUGUGGACUUCAAUUGGCAAGCCCAGGCCCUAUUGGCCCUACAAGAGGCAGCAGAAGCAUUUCUAGUUCAUCUCUUUGAAGAUGCCUAUCUCCUCACCUUACAUGCCGGCCGAGUUACUCUCUUCCCAAAGGAUGUGCAACUGGCCCGGAGGAUCCGGGGCAUUGAGGAGGGACUUGGCUGAGCUCCUGCGCCCAGUGUUUCUGUCAGUCUUUCCUGCUCAGCCAGGGGGUAAGCGCACCCGCUUUCUCAUGACU